UAUAUAUUUUGCAGAAUCUUACAGAGAGACAUUGUUUCUGUAAAACCUAAAAAAUUCAAUGAAGAAAAACUUCUCCAAAAUUCAAAAAAAUCUCUGAAUCUUCAGAAAUGGAGAAAGAGAUUGAAUUACUAUCUAGGGUUACAAUAAACCAUCUAUUUCUCGCCCAAUUCGAAGCAUUUCGAGCAUCAAUUCUGAGUCUACGAAAACGAAAACCAUCUCUAGCAACAAACAUUCUGCAAGAGAUAAUUUCCAAAGGUGGUAGAUAUAAUGGAAUUAUCUGGUCAGAAACAUGUUCAUCACCAUCACAGCUUACUUGGUUAUCAACUCUUUUACUACUUGAAUUCCAACAAGAUACUUCCACUUCAUCGUCAUUAGAAUCAGAAUCAGCUUCGUCGUCGAUCUGGAAGAAAGAUAUUGAACCUGAGUUGUUGAAAUUGAAAGUUGAAUUUAUUUUAUUAUUACAGUUAAGUUCUUCUAAGGUUUCUGAGAGUAUUAGUAAUGUUGGUAGUGGUGGUGUAUUGGAAAGUAUUGAGAAAGAAGAAGAGGAAAAUGUCGAGGGUUUUGAUUCGAGAGUUGAAGAUUUUGAGGUUUUGAAGGAGGAAUCUGGGAGUGAUUUGGUUGAUUUUGUGAAUGUAUUGGAUCGGUUAUCGGAUUUAGGGUUAAAGAGAUUGAGAAGAGAUGUAGUAGUGGGGGGUGAAGGUGUUGAGGGUUUUAAAGUUGUUGAGGAAGAUGAAUUGAAAUGUUUGAAGAAAGUGUUCUUGGAUCAAUCUGAGAUUUUCGAUGCUUUAUGUUUGAAUAUUCAGAAGCAAAUUCAGUGGUCUGAUAGGUAUGAGUCAGGGUUGGCGAUUACUACUGUGGGAAAUGAAGAAGAGAAGGUGGAGAGUUCCUCGAGGGAAGAAUUAAUUGAGGAAGUGAAGGGGCUUAAAUUGAUUCAGAAGAAUGUUCAUUCAGCACAUCUGGAUGCUAUGAAUGAUUGCACAAAGGAUGAUGACUUAGAUGGAGCGAUUUCUCACAUUCGGUUUCUUCAUCAAAAUUAUGGAAUUGAGGAGCAUCAGUAUAGGGUGGCUUUGCAAGAGCUUAAUAGGAGGAUUUGGUUGAGUAGAAAUGGUUAUGGAAAUACAUGGCUUGCUACCCGGGAGAAAAUGCUGUGGAUCUACGGUGAAGCUCUUUCGUCAAACAACACCAACCUUGUGAAAAUGAUUCAGGUUAUUCAAGAUGAAUUGCUUUCGGAAGAAGUGGAGAUGUCUAGAGCUACUGAUGCCAACUGGAUACCACCUGUUGGGCGUCUGCAGAAUUGUUUUGACAAUGCUAUGAUUUCGGAGGAAAGAACUCCAUCAGCGAUCAGUUCUUGCAUGAGAGACAUGUACCACUAUGCUCGUGUCUCUGGCGUUCAUAUGCUGGAGCUUGUUAUGGAUACUGCUCUCUCUGCUGUUAAAAGGGAGCAACUUCAAGAAGCUAGCAAUGUUCUUUCACUAUAUCCCCUUCUCCUGCCCUUGUUAGCCGUCAUGGGUUGGGAUCUAUUGUCUGGUAAAACAGUUGCUAGGAGAAGAUUGAUGCAACUUCUAUGGACAAGCAAAUCGCAGGUACUGAGGUUGGAAGAACAUUCUCUCUAUGGAAAGCAAUCAGAUGAGGUAUCUUGCGUGGAGCACCUUUGUGAUGUUUUAUGUUAUCAGCUGGAUCUUGCUUCUUUUGUUGCAUGUGUCAAUUCGGGCCGUCCGUGGACCUCAAAAUCCUCCCUACUCUUUUCUGGAAAAGAACAGAUAGAGGAUAAAACUGAUGAUACCCUUUCAGAUCCUUUUGUGGAAAACUUUGUUCUGGAACGACUUUCUGUUCAAACUCCUCUGCGAGUCUUGUUUGAUGUAGUCCCGGACAUAAAGUUUCAAGAUGCUAUCGAGUUAAUUAGUAUGCAGCCCAUUGCUUCUACUGCAGCAGCAUGGAAAAGGAUGCAGGAUAUCGAACUUAUGCAGAUGAGAUAUACUCUUCAAUCUGCUGUUCUUGCUUUAGGAGCCAUGGAACAAAGUAUUUCUGAUGAAACACAAUUCUAUCAUCAAAUGGCAUUGGUCCACUUGAAAGAAUUGAGGAACCAUUUAGAAGCAGUCAGUAAUAUUCCACGCAAGAUAUUUUUGGUUGACAUUAUUAUCUCACUUCUACACAUGGAUGGCAUAUCUCUGAAUCUGACCCAAUGUAUCUCCUCCAACAACUAUCCUGACUCCCCACUUAAGUCUACCAGGGGACAAGUUGAUCCUAGUGAAUCAUAUGAGGGGGGAAACAAAACUGUAGUGUCUUUCACUGGGACGUUACUUGAGAUAUUGCAUCACAAUUUACCUUCAGCUGCAUUUGAGCAAGAAAACAUGUUGAACAAUGGUAUGACUGCCGGUGGAAGACAGGCCUUGGAGUGGAGAAUUUCGAAUGCUCAACAGUUAAUUGAAGAUUGGGAGUGGCGACUGUCUAUUCUGCAGCGUCUUCUACCGUUAUCGGAACGCCAGUGGAGUUGGAAGGAGGCAUUGUGUAUUUUGCGUGCUGCUCCAUCUAAAUUAUUGAAUUUUUGCAUGCAAAAGGCAAAGUAUGAUAUUGGAGAGGAGGCUGUAAAUAGGUUCUCUUUACCUCCAGAAGACAAGGCUACUCUUGCACUUGCUCAGUGGGUAGACAAUACCUUUAGAAGAACAUCAGCGGAAGAUGCAGUAACACGUGCUGCGGAUGGAAAUGUUAAUGCCAUACAGGAAUUGGAUUUUACAUCCCUUCGUUCUGAGAUUGGUUCGUUAUCUGCUAUUCUUCUGUGUAUUGACGUCGCUGCAACUUCUGCUAGGUCUGUGGAUAUGUCCAAACGGCUUCUUGAUCAGGCUCAAGUUAUGCUAUCUGAGAUCUAUCCAGGAGGUGCUCCAAAGACAGGUUUAACUUACUGGGACCAGGUUCAAGAAGUAGGGCUUAUUUCUGUAAAUAGGCGGGUGCUUAAGCGUCUACAUGAAUUCUUGGAGCAGGAAAAAACACCAAUACUUCAAGAAAUUCUUUCUGGAGAGAUGAAUGUUACUUUAGCCAAGGAGUCCAACCGAGAAGGGCAAAGGCAACGUGCUCUUGCCAUCCUACAUCAAGUGAUUGAAGAUGCUCACAAAGGAAAACGGCAGUUUUUGAGCGGAAAGCUCCAUAAUCUUGCCAGAGCAGUUGCUGACGAAGAAACAAAUACAAGUUAUGUUAAGGGCGAAGGUCCCUACUCUGAUCGGAAAAUGCUCUCGAGUAUCGAUAGGGAAGGGGUGCUUGGUCUUGGGCUUAAUGUUAGCAAGCCCUCUUCAGUUACAGCAGUUGGUGAAAAUAGUGUGCAACCAGCUGGUUAUGAUAUUAGAGAUCCAGGAAAGAGAUUAUACGGUCCCCUAAGUUCUAAACCUGCUACCUACCUUUCAGCAUUUGUUCUCUAUAUUGCAACUAUUGGUGAUAUAGUUGACUUCAUUGAUACGACUCAUGAUUUCAACUUCUUUUCACUUGUGUAUGAAUGGCCAAAAGAUGUUUUAACACGUCUUGUCUUUGAGCGAGGCAGCACUGAUGCAGCUGGUAAAGUAGCAGAUAUAAUGGGGGCUGAUUUUGUGAAUGAAGUUAUAUCAGCAUGUGUACCUCCGGUUUAUCCUCCUCGGACCGGUCAUGGUUGGGCUUGUAUACCACUGCUACCUAUGUUUUCUAAGAUGAGCCUAGAAAAUAAAGUAAACCGCGCCUCUAAAGAAUCUAAGCCUAAUUCACAUAGCCCAUCUUCAGUGACUCCUGGAAACCCUCUUUACCCUCUAGAGAUGGAUAUAGUUAAGCAUUUGGCCAAGUUGUCCCCAGUACGAGCAGUGUUAGCUUGCGUCUUUGGAAGUAGCAUACUAAAUAGUAGUAGUGAAUCAUCCGCAUCCGGUUCUUCUGGUGAUGAACUAAUACAAGCACCUGAUGCGGACAGAUUAUUCUACGAGUUUGCACUUGAUCAAUCAGAGAGGUUUCCAACUCUGAACCGAUGGAUACAGAUGCAGACAAAUCUUCAUAGAGUAUCAGAGUAUGCUGUAACAGUUAAACGCACUGCUAAGACUGGUGAACCAAAACCAGAGGCAAAAGCUGCUGUCAAACGUUCCCGUGAACCUGACAGUGAUACUGAAUCAGAAGUAGAUGACAUGGUUUUUAGUGUCCAUUCUUCUACCAAUUUGCCGGAAUACACUGAGAAAGUCAGUUCAGGUCAUGACCUCUUGCAAGAUUCUCCGAAGUCUGAAAAUCUGGAACAUGAUCAAACUAUUUUCCUGUCUUUUGAUUCGGAGAAUGAAGUGCCAUAUGAAAAAGCUGUGGAGAGAUUAAUUGACGAAGGAAAACUCCUGGACGCUCUUGCCCUUUCUGAUCGCUGUUUACGUGAUGGAGCUUCAGAUCGGCUACUUCAGUUGCUUGUCGAGCGUGGAGAGGAAAUCCAGUCGGUAUCAGGACAAACCCAAGGUUAUGGUGCACAUAACAGCUGGAGUAAUAGUUGGCAAUAUUGUUUGCGGUUGAAAGAUAAACAGUUGGCAGCCAAACUUGCUCUCAAGUACCUGCACAGAUGGGAGCUAGAUGCUGCUAUAGAUGUCCUCACCAUGUGCAGCUGCCACCUGCUUCCCACUGAUCCAGUUAAGAGAGAGGUCAUGCAAAUGAGACAAGCUUUGCAGAGAUAUAGUCACAUUUUAUCUGCAGAUGACCAUUAUACCAGCUGGCAAGAGGUUGAAGCUGAAUCAAAGGAAGAUCCUGAAGGACUGGCACUUAGAUUGGCUGGGAAAGGUGCUGUUUCUGCUGCGUUAGAAGUAGCCGAGAGUGCGGGUUUAUCUAUUGAUUUACGAAGAGAGCUUCAAGGACGGCAACUUGUGAAGUUACUAACCGCUGAUCCUCUUUGUGGUGGAGGUCCUGCAGAAGCUUCACGGUUUCUUUCUUCUCUUCGUGAUCCUGAUGAUGCUCUGCCUGUUGCUAUGGGUGCAAUGCCGCUGUUAUCAGAUCUGCGUUCAAAGCAACUUCUUGUUCACUUCUUUCUGAAGCGAAGAGCUGGAAAUCUCUCAGAUGUUGAGGUUUCACGUCUGAACUUAUGGGCGCUGGGUCUUCGUGUUCUAGCAGCCUUGCCGCUGCCAUGGCAACAAAGGUGUUCAUCUCUGCAUGAGCAUCCUCAUUUAAUAUUAGAGGUUCUUUUGAUGAGGAAGCAACUGCAAUCUGCUUCUUUGAUAUUGAAAGAGUUUCCAUCCUUGAGAGACAACAACCUAGUUCUCAUUUAUGCUGCCAAAGCAAUUGCUGUCCAUGUUCCUUCUCUUUCAAGAGAACAACGGAUAUCUGUCGCAGGUCCAAUUCCAAAACAAAAAAUAAAACCAGGCACACCCAGUAGAUCAAACUUUUCCAAUAGCCUUAAUAAUUUGCAGAAAGAGGCUAGGAGAGCUUUCUCCUGGACUGCACGUGAUAAUGGAAAUAAGCCUGCUCCAAAAGAGGUCUACCGUAAAAGAAAAAGUUCGGGAUUGUCGCCAUCUGAAAAAGUUGCCUGGGAGGCAAUGACUGGUAUUCACGAGGAUAGAGUUUCGACUUACUCAGUUGAUGGGCAAGAACGGCUUCCUCCGGUUUCUAUUUCUGAGGAAUGGAUCCUUACUGGUGAUCCAAACAAAGAUGAUGCAGUUCGCUCAUCUCAUCGAUAUGAAAGUGCCCCUGAUAUAGUUCUGUUUAAGGCAUUGCUUUCAUUGUGUUCCGACGAGACAGUAUCUGCCAAAGGUGCCCUGGAUUUAUGCGUUACUCAAAUGAAGAGUGUUUUAAACUCCCAGCAGUUGCCACUGGAUGCAACUACAGAAAUAAUUGGUCGAGCAUAUCAUGCGACAGAAACUUUUGUGCAGGCGCUCCUUUAUGCUAAAAGCCAGUUCAGAAAACUUGCUGGAAGUAGUGACUUGUCUAGUACUUAUUCAGAAAGAAACAGGGAAAAUGAUGAUGCAUCUUCAGAUGCUGGCAGUUCUAGUGUUGGUAGUUCGAGUACAGAUGAGUUGUCGGAACUUCUUUCACAAGCAGAUAUAUGGCUAGGACGUGCAGAGCUUCUUCAAAGUCUUCUUGGGUCAGGAAUUAUUGUUUCUCUUGAUGAUAUUGCUGACAAGGAGUCGUCGGCACGUCUACGUGACAGGUUAAUUGGAUAUGAACGGUACAGCAUGGCUGUAUACACUUGCAAGAAGUGCAAGAUCAACGCCUUUCCUGUUUGGAGUGCAUGGGGACUUGCUUUAAUCAAGAUGGAACAUUAUUCUCAAGCUCGUGUGAAAUUUAAGCAAGCUCUGCAAUUGUACAAGGUUGAUCCCGCACCUGUCAUUUUGGAGAUUAUUAAUACAAUUGAAGGUGGUCCACCAGUUGAUGUUUCAGCUGUUCGCUCUAUGUAUGAACAUUUGGCGAAAAGUGCGCCAACUAUCUUGGACGAUUCUCUUUCUGCUGAUUCAUAUCUGAAUGUUCUAUAUAUGCCAACUACAUUUCCCCGUUCAGAGAGGUCCAGGCAGUUUCGAGGAUCUUCAAAUGACCUCUCUGAAUCAUCUAUGUUGGAAGAGGAGGGCCCUCGCAGCAACCUGGACAACAUUAGAUACCUUGAGUGUGUUAAUUACUUACAAGAUUAUGCACGUUAUCAAAUGCUGGGUUUCAUGUUCAAGCAUGGUCACUACGACGACGCUUGUAUUCUGUUUUUUCCUGCAAAUGGUCUUCCUCCACCUCCUCAGCCGUCAUCGCUUGCUGCGGCUACUACUUCUUCAUCCCCUCAAAGACCUGAUCCCUUGGCAACUGAUUAUGGUACCAUUGACGAUUUGUGUGACUUAUGCAUUGGUUAUGGUGCCAUGCCUAUUCUAGAGGAAGUGAUUUCUACAAAAAUGGCAUCUACUUCGCCCCAGGAUGUUGCAGUGAAUCAGUACAUAACUGCUGCCCUUACCCGCAUAUGCAACUAUUGUGAAACCCAUCGGCAUUUUAAUUAUCUUUACAAGUUUCAGGUAGUAAAGAAAGAUCUAGUUGCUGCUGGGCUUUGCUGUAUUCAAUUAUUUGCGAAUUCUUUAUCUCAAGAAGAAGCAUUGAAACAUUUAGAGAAUGCCAAGAUCCACUUUGAUGAGGGAUUGUCGGCACGACAUAGAAAAGCAGAAACAGCAAAGAUUAUCUCCAAGGGUAUUCGUGGAAAAAGUCUUACGGAAGAGGAGCUUGUCAAAAUUGCUGGCCGUGUAAAUGUUCAGAUGGAUGUUCUGAAAGCCUUCAAUGACAUUGAUGGAUCACAGUGGAAGUACUCUCUUUUUGGAAAUCCAAAUGAUCCAGAAACUUUCAGGAGAAGGUCCGAGAUUGCAGAAACUCUAUCUGAGAAGGAUUUCGAUCUGGCUUUCCAAGUGAUUUAUGAAUUUCAUCUUCCAGCUGUUGAUAUUUAUGCUGGAGUCGCUUCAUCACUUGCAGAGAGAAAAAAGGGUGGUCAGUUAACGGAAUAUCUAAAGAAUAUCAAGGGCACAAUAGAUGAUGAAGAUUGGGACCAGGUAUUGGGAGCAGCAAUUAAUGUUUAUGCAAACAAGCACAAGGAACGCCCUGAUCGUCUCAUAGACAUGUUACAUAGUAGCCACAGGAAAGUGCUAGCCUGCGUGGUUUGUGGUCGUCUGAAAACUGCAUUCCAAAUUGCUUCACGAAGUGGAAGCGUGGCCGAUGUUCAGUAUGUAGCUCAUCAGGCACUGCAUGCAAAUGCACUCUCUGUACUUGAUUUGUGCAAACAAUGGUUGGCUCAGUACAUUUAGUUUUUCAUUCUGUGAUUAAUGUACAUUGUACUUGAAGAUCUCGUCAAGAGUUUAUCAGCAUGGGCGCCACGAAAUGACCAUCUGGGUGCUGAUUCCAAGCUUUAUCUUCAAAUAGUUUUGGAACUCCAUUUCCUCCAUUUUGUUCUUUUGUUCUUUUUUUUUUUUUUGUAGAGAACCAAUUUUAAGAUUAGGGUCCCAUUAUGGGGCUGAAGUUUACUAUAGUGUGAUUAUUUGUAACAGAUAUCAGAAGAGGCCUGUGGCAAGAGAGUACUAAAACAAAAGCAGAGUGUAAUUAGAAAAAAAAAAAUCAAAUUGGUGCAACACUGGACGUUUUGGUGACCCUUUUCUAUAGGGUUUAUAUAUAGUGAAUAUAAAUUCUUCUAAACCCUUU